CGCCGCGGAAGGGACCGGCCGCCGGUAGGAACGCGCCAGCCCCGCCGCGAUGCCCGCGCGCCCCGGACGCCUCCUCCCCGCGCGGCCCCGGCUGCUGGCGCCGGCCGCGCUGCUGCUGCUGCUGCUCGGCCCCGGCGGGCGCGGGCGCUGGGGCGCGGGGGCCCAGGUGCCGGGCGCGGCGGCGCCGGAGCCCCUCCCGGCGUUCGGCGGGGAGCCGGAGGACCCGCACACCAAGCACCUGUACACGGGCGACAUGUUCACGCACGGGAUCCGGAGCGCCGCGCACUUCGUCAUGUUCUUCGCGCCCUGGUGUGGACACUGCCAGCGGCUGCAGCCUACUUGGAAUGAACUGGGAGACAAGUACAACAACAUGGAAGAUGCCAAAAUCUACGUGGCUAAAGUGGACUGCACGGCCAGCUCAGACGUGUGCUCCGAGCAGGGCGUGCGAGGAUACCCCACCCUGAAGCUGUUCAAGCCUGGCCAGGAAGGUGUGAAAUACCAAGGUCCCCGGGACUUCCAGGCGCUGGAAAACUGGAUGCUGCAGACACUGAACGAGGAGCCUGCCACACCGGAGCCAGAACCAGAACCUCCCAGGGCCCCUGAGCUCAAGCAGGGACUGUAUGAGCUCUCUGCAAACAACUUUGAGCAGCACGUCGCACAAGGCGACCACUUCAUCAAGUUCUUUGCUCCGUGGUGCGGUCACUGCAAAGCGCUGGCCCCGACCUGGGAGCAGCUGGCCCUGGGCCUCGAACAUUCCGAAGCUGUCAAGAUUGGCAAGGUGGACUGCACGCAGCACCACGCGCUGUGCUCCGGCAACCAGGUCCGAGGCUAUCCCACGCUCCUCUGGUUCCGGGACGGCAAAAAGGUGGACCAGUACAAGGGAAAGCGGGACCUGGACUCGCUGAGAGAGUAUGUGGAACAGCAGCUGCAGGGUGCAGACCGCGGCGCCCCAGAGACCACCCCACCCACGGAGGCCCCGGUGGGUGCUGCAGAGCCCGAGGCCGACAAGGGCACUGUGCUGGCACUCACAGAAAACAACUUCGAUGACACCGUAGCAGAAGGAAUCACCUUCAUCAAGUUUUACGCUCCAUGGUACGAGGCUAUCCCACAUUGCUGCUUUUCCGCGGGGGGAAGAGAGUUAGUGAGCACAACGGCGGCAGGGACCUUGACUCGUUGCACCACUUUGUUCUGCGCCAGGCGAAGGAUGAGCUAUAACAGCGCAGGGAAGUCGCCCUCCCGCCGGCCUCCUGGACUGAGAGGAGGAGCAAGUCAUGCGGACCUUGGGAGGUUCAGGUGGUGGUUUCUCAGAAAGCUGUCUGUACCGAACUUGGGGUAUCUUCUGUGUGUGUAUGUAAAGCCAACACAUUCUACAGGAUUUUUUUUAUUAAGUUUCCCUAAGUAAAUAAUGAUCCCUUUGCAAACUAAGUAUUUUCAGUGGCAAUCUAUCAUCCCUUUUAACCUUCUCUUGAUGGAAUCUAAAUGGUUUCCUUUUGAAACUAAAACAGAGUUGAGGAAAAGCAAAUCGCUGGACUAUUUUUGGCUCCUGAGUGGUUUUGGUGAAAGCAUCGUCCAACACACAGUUUUGAACUGCCCACGAGUCUGGAAAGGUAGUCUCAUGGCGUGUUGUCAUUCCUCUGAUCUCAAGGUCACAGCUAAUUAUGUGAUUGGAGCAGAUUUAAAAACAAACCCCCACAACUCUGGAAGGCACCUUCCCAGCCACUCCUGGAUUUUGUUUCUGUUAAUACUUCUCUCAUCGUGAGAGGUCUGCCAUAAUGAAAGCAAUGGUACUUUUGACAUGUGCCUGAGAAAGGUAAUGCUGAUGUGUGUCGAUAUUUGUCAGAUCAGUUAUUACUGUUCAAAAGAUACUUCUGUUUGUUUCUCCUGGGUGAAAGAUUUCAUUAGUUAUGUUAACAUUAAGUCAGGAUCCAUGAGGAUAUUUUAAGUCCAUGUUUAAGAUUUGCUAUCUCCCCGGGGAAAAUGUGGGCAUGGAAAGUUCCACCAGGCUUGUCCUGACUGUUUUGUUAACUCAUAGAAAGAUCCUGGUGUUAUCUGUCACCUGGGGAAAAGGACUAGGUGAGCGGGUCCGGGUGUCAGGGACCAGGGGACUUGGGCAGCCCGGCCCCAACAGAGCAGUUUUAGUUCUGCUCCUCGGUAGUCCUAGCCACCAGGGGUGGGGAAUGUCUGGCCCGAGGGCUGUAUAGAGGCCUGAGGAAUCAUUUCAUCUGGCCCUACCAAGGCAUUAGGGGUGAAUUAAUUUAAUGUUUGAUCAGAUAUAGCAGGCUAAUAUUUCAGUUGAUAAUUUUGUGUGGCCUGUGAAUGAUGUUAUAAAUAACCAAAUGGCCCUUGGCACAAAAAAGGUUUGCCAUCCCUGUUAAAAGGCUCUCUGUACAUCAUCAUCUGCCUUCACGGAGAUUGAAUGGUAUUAACUUUACCUAAAGACCAAAGAAUGAGUAGGCGGGGCUGUGUCAGAGCUGAAGUAGGCUGUGCUACCAUCAGUGCUGAUGCUCUUAUAAUUCAUGCCUCCCUAGUUGUUAAACAUUUUUACCAUCACCCUUGGAAGUAACCAUAGGACCAGGCUCCCUGUAUGUUCUUUGCCCUCAAGUUACCUUUCCAAAUUACCCUUCUGUCUGCCACUCUCACCCGCCUCCCGUGCUUGGGGGAGCCAGUCCCCUGGCACACAGUAACUGCUGGUAAGAAUCUCAGACACAGGACGCAUCUGCUGUCUGCGGCAGAUGACAACAGAGCAGGAUCUCGACCAGCCUCUGCCUUAAGGAAAUCUUUAUUAAUUGUGUGUGGGUCACAGAUGUUCUUGUUAAAAAAAAACCAGCUUUUCAGGAGAAGCACAAUCCUCAUGAGUGGCUUCCGCUUUGCAUCAUGAGUCUUGUAUUGAAAGAAAAUCAAAGUGGUACAAUUUGUUUACACUCGGAUACUUUCUAAAUAAACUCUUUUUUUAAAAAAAAAAAA